GAGGAGCUGUGCGGGAAGAGCGCGCCGUGCGCCCUGCGCCUGGAGGUGCUGCUGGACCGGCCGCUGCGCGUCUUCCACGUGGAGGUGGAGGUCACCGACAUCAACGACAAUGCGCCACGCUUCCCCGCCGCCUGCAACAACAUCAGCGUGUGGGAGAACUCCCCACUGAAUUCCCGUUUUCCUCUGGAGGGCGCAUCGGAUGCGGAUAUUGGUUCGAACGCGCAGCUCUCGUAUACACUGAGCCCUUCCGAGCACUUCGCUCUGGACGUAAAGUCGUCAGAUGAAGACAGGAAAUCCCUUUUUCUUGUGUUAACGCAAGCUCUGGACCGCGAGUCGCUGUCGGAGCACCGGCUGGUGGUGACGGCGAGUGACGGGGGCAGGCCGGCGCUGACGGGCACGGUGCAGCUGGUGAUCUCGGUGCUGGAUGCGAACGACAACGCGCCGCAGUUCAACCAGUCGGUGUAUAAAGUGCAGCUGCCGGAGGACGCGGCGGAGGGGACGCUGGUAGCGCGAGUGGCAGCCACGGACCCGGACGAAGGACUUAACCAGGAGUUUUCCUACAGCAUCGUCGGUUCUGUUCCCGCGUCUCAGAGAGAUGCAUUCAGUAUUGAUCCGCGAACGGGGGAGAUCCGGCUCCGAGUUUCCCUGGACUUCGAAGAAGUCCGUUUGCACGAGUUGCAAAUCGAGGCGAGAGAUAAAGGUUUUCCUCCGUUGUCGGGCCACUGCAGCGUGGAGCUGGAGGUGCUGGACGUGAACGACAACGCGCCCGAGGUGUGGGUGAC